GCUGGGGUUGUCUGCGUUUCCCGCCGGACUCCUCAUGCUGGUGGCCCGGCUCGACUGCUGCGGGCAGAAGGAACUUCCUGGGCUGGCGGCCGAGCAUGGCGAGUUUCUCUAGGGCGUCCCAGCAAUGGGCCACUUUUGCUCGAAUGUGGUAUCUUUUGGAUGGGAAGAUGCAGCCUCCUGGCAAGCUUGCUGCUAUGGCAUCAGUAAAACUUCAAGGGUUACAUAAACCAGUGUACCACCAGUUGAGUGACUGUGGAGAUCAUGUUGUCAUAAUGAACACAAGACACAUUGCAUUUUCUGGAAACAAAUGGGAACAAAAAGUAUACUCCUCACAUACUGGCUACCCAGGUGGAUUUAGACAAGUCACAGCUGCUCAGCUUCACCAAAAGGACCCGGUGGCUAUUGUGAAGCUUGCUGUUUAUGGCAUGCUGCCCAAAACCCUGCACAGAAGAACCAUGAUGCAGAGGCUGCAUCUCUUCCCCGACGAGGAUAUCCCCAAAGACAUUCUUCAGAAUCUGGUGGAAGAGCUUCCUCAGCCACGGAAAGCACCCAGACGUCUAGAUGAGUAUACCCAGGAGGAGGUAGAGGCUUUCCCGAGAGUGUGGUCUCCGCCUGGAGAUUAUCGGCUGUAGGAGAAUGGUAGUGACACAAAACAACAGUGAGGUGACAAGCUGCUUCCUGGUGAACUCCUCUGACAGGACAAUGAAGGACUGUCUCAGAUCACUACAGAGGAAGCUUGGGGAGGAGUCAUCCUUGGUGGGAAAUUUCAAUAGAACCUCUUGUUUUAUAGAAAUGUCUUAUUAUAGAACUGAUUUGAAUACUAUGAAUGUUAGUAUAAAACUAUUUACUUAGUUA